CCCGCCCCGAGCGGUUGGGGUUUGAAUCUGCGGCGGGCUGCGGCCGGAAGUGCAGACCCUCAGUCGGGGAUGGAGAGCCCCGCUCUCAGCGCUCGGUGCCCGCUGCAAGAGCAGCGAGCCCGUUGGGAGCGGAAGCGAGGCUGCACCGCCCGGGAGCUGCUGGAGACCGAAAGGCGCUACCAGGAGCAACUGGGGCUGGUGGCCACGUACUUCGUGGGAAUUCUGAGAGCCAAGGGCACCCUGACACCACCAGAGAUCCAGGUUCUGUUUGGGCCCUGGGAGCUCAUUUACGGCGCCAGCCAAGAGCUGCUUCCCUACCUCGAAGGAGGGCACUGGGGCCGUGGGCUGGAGGGCUUUUGCCCCCACUUGGAGCUCUACGUACAAUUUGCUGCCAAUGCGGAGAGGUCCCUGAACACCCUGCAGGAACUACUAAAGAAAAGGAAGCGUUUCAGGAGGUGUGUGCGGCUUCAGGAAGGCCGCCCUGAGUUUGGGGGCCUUCAGCUCCAGGACCUGCUCCCUCUGCCUUUGGAGAGGCUCCAGCAGUAUGAGAAUCUUGUCGUUGCAUUGGCUGAAAACACAGGUCCCAACAGCCCUGACCACCAACAGCUCACACGAGCUGCCCGACUGGUAAGUGAGACUGCCCAGAAGGUCCGCACCAUAGGUCAGAAACAGAAGAAUGACCAGCACCUCCGGCGUGUCCAGGCUCUGCUCGGUGGACGCCAGGCAAAGGGGCUUACCUCAGGUCGCUGGUUCCUACGCCAGGGGUGGCUGUUGGUGGUUCCCCCCCGUGGCGAGCCUCGACCUCGAAUGUUCUUCCUCUUCUCUGAUCUGCUCCUCAUGGCCAAGCCUCGACCCCCGCUGCACCUGCUACAGAGUGGCACGUUUGCCUGCCGCGCCCUCUACCCCAUGUCCCAGUGUCAGCUCCGCAGAGUCUUUGGGCACUCGGGAGGCCCCUGUGGUGGGCUGCUCAGUCUGUCCUUUCCCCAUGAGAAGCUACUGCUUAUGUCCACAGACCAGGAGGAGCUGUUGCGUUGGUACCACAGCCUGACCUUGGCCAUCAGCAGCCAGAAAAACUAGAAGAAUCUUACAAAUUCCAGAAUCCAGGAUACUUCAGGGAUAGAUCGGAGUCAGGAGCACAAAGCAGUCUUCAGUAUUAAACAAAAUACAGAACCCUUCAUGGUUUGAGAAAGGUCUUUUUACGUUUGCCUGGAACAAGCCACAUCAGGUUGUUUGACCAGCUCUUUACA